CGCAAAGUCUAUUGUAUGUGGCAAUGCGUCUGGAUUACCUUCCGUACGACCUGACUGGCGUCACCACCUGCGUCAAUCUCGGUCUCACUUGCAGCGACAGUGGCUACGUCACUCAAAUCAAUUGGGGCAACAAGGCAAUACAAGGGGAGCUGCCUUCAGAGAUUUUCCAGCUGAUGCAUCUUGAAUACCUGUCUCUGCGAGACAACUACCUGCGUGGCUCCAUCCCCUCUGAUAUCGGCAACCUCGUCAAUCUCACAUAUCUGGACCUCUCCAACAACUCCUUAUCAGGCCCUUUCCCCACCUUCUUCAGCAGACUCACCAAGCUCUCCGUCCUGUACAUGGACAGGAACAACUUCGCAGAAAGCCUUCCUGAUUCCAUCGGCAGCAUGGUCUCUCUCAGCGAGCUGGUCUUGAUGGAGAAUGCCUUGACAGGGUCACUGCCCAGCAGCAUGGGGCGCCUCACCAACCUCAACAACUUAGCCUUGUCAUACAACCACCUGUCAGGGACCAUCCCCAAGUCUUUGUCCAGAAUGGCCAGCCUUAGCUCCCUUCUGCUGGACAACAACUUGUUUUCGGGGUCGCUGGGGCCCCUUGCUGCUCUCUCUUCCCUCACCAGCAUCUACCUGUGCUGCAACCGCUUCAAUGGGUCCAUACCGUCCACCUUUGCCAGCAAUGUCUUUUCCUCCUUUGACGUGUCAGUGAACGAGCUCACAGGGCCUCUGCCUUCUGGUCUUAAGUUCAAAGAAGAUUAUGGCAGCCCAAUAUUCAACGCGUCCUUCAACCACCUCUCGGGGGAAAUCCCCUUUGACUUCAUCGUCAACUUCUACAUCCUCGACAUCUCCCACAACAAUUUAUCGGGCCGAGCGUUCUUUUCGAGGCCAAAUGAGGGCCCUAAUACUGCUGACACCAUGGACAUGUCAGGCAACCUCCUCACAGGUUCCAUUCCAGCCUUCAUUUCGCAACUCAACUCACUCACUCUGAUCGACCUCUCUUCCAACCAGUUCACUGGCACCGUUCCACCGGCUAUCAGCAACCCCUAUAACCUCGGUAGCAUCAACCUGGCACACAACCUGCUGCAGGGCUCCAUUCCCCGGGCUCUCUCGCGCCUCUCCUUCCUCACCUACCUGUGCGGCCUCCUCUCCCUUGCUCGCCACCGCUGCUUCGCCAACGUGUCGUCCAAUCAGCUGUCAGGAGACAUCACACCGGCCCUCUCUCCUCUGACCUCCCUCGAGAUUGUUGACAUCUCAGCCAACGCAUUGAACAGCUCUGUUCCGCCCUUCUUUGGUCGCAUGCCCAACCUGUCCCACCUGUAUGGCAUGACCCACCUGUAUGGCAUGACCCACCUCAAUGUGUCUCACAACCGCCUCUCAGGCCCUCUGCCCAACGCUGCUGCCAGUCCAGCUCGCAUCAUGUGUGUAUGCCCAAGUAACGAUGAGGGCCUUGUUCCGCCCACCCACGUGUGUCUCUCUCCCUCGACUCGCUCAACACGCAUUCAGCACGCUCCCAUUUUCCUCCGCAGCGAUCUCUCAUUCAACAUGCUCUCAGGCUCGCUGGAGAGCCCCCAUAUCAAUCUCAAGCGUCUGGCCCUGCUGGCGGUGCACCACAACCAGCUGUCAGGCCCCAUCCCAGAGUACCUCUGCCAAUCCGUGCUGCAGAUCAUGCCCAGUGGCAAGCAGGCAGGUAUGAAUGUGGGCAUCCGUGUAGAGGGCAUCCACCUGCCCCCCCUUCCACCUGCCCCCCCUUCCACCUGCCCCCCCUUCCACCUGGCCCCCUUUCCACAUGCCUGCCCGUCCACCUGCGGGCUCCUAGGCAGCAACGCCUUUUCGGGGGCCCUCCCUCAGUGCCUGCCCUUCGUCUCCUCCAUCCAACUCAUGUCUGUUCCCCCCUUCACCGUUAGCCCUUCACCCUUCACCGACAAGAGGCUUGACGUCAGCAAUAAUCUCCUCUUCAUGGACGCCGCAUCCUUCCAAAACAUGCCGCCCAUCAGCCUGGACCUCAGCGGAAACUACCUCUACGGCUCCUUCUCCACCUCCCCAAACAUCACCCUCUCCUCCUCCUCCCCAACCCCACCCUUCCCCUCCCUCGUCCUGCCAGCGACCCCCCAACCCCAGUCCCUCCCCCCCUGGGCAGUCCAGGACGCAUCGAGCUCUCAGUGGGUAUGGGUAUGGCAGGGGGAGCAGCAGGGGGGAACUGGAGCAGGGGGGGAGGGCAGGGGGAAUAGCAGUGCAGUGGCAUGGCUGGCUGUGGAUGGGAACUGUCUGGGGAGUGAGGGGGUGGGGCAGCAGCGGGGGGCGGCAGAGUGUGCGGCAGUGUGUGGGAUAGAGUCAGGGCAGGGCCCAUGUGGGGGUGUGGGUGCGGGGCACUGUGUGGUGGAGAGCGGUUGGCCGCCGUCCCUCUCGUGCUCCUGUGCCAGUGGCUACGUGGCUGUCACUGCUGCCGGCACUGCCAACACCACCACUUGCCAGCUGCCACCCCCGUCCCCACCCGGUAUGUUCGGUCAGUGGCUUGGGUUGCUGCCCUGCUCCCCUUCCAUCGUGUACCCAACCCUCUUUGCUGCCUUCUUUAGCUUCACUACCACUCUCUUCCCUCUCUCUACUUCUUUCGCUUCCCCCCCUUUCCCCCUCUCGUCCCCCUCCCUUCCCCACCUCGUCUCCCCCCUCCUUCCCCCCUCGUCCCCCCCCUUUCCUCCCCUCACCCCCUUCCCUUCCCCCCCUCGUCCCCUCCCUUCCCCCUUCGUCCCCCCCCCCCCUUUCCCCACCUCGUCCCCCCCCUUCCCCCCUCGUCUCCCCCCCUUCCUCCCCUCCUCCGCUAAUAACCAACUCCUUCCCCUGAACCUCCCUUCCUUGCCAGUGGCCUCUCUAUCCACGGGCGCCAUAGUGGGCAUGGUGGUGGGCUGCUUUGCGGGCUUCACGCUGCUGGCUGCCGUGCUCGCAUGGCUGCUGUGGCCCCGCGGACCAAGUCCGAGCCAUUGCCUGUCUCUCUCCACCACGCGCAUGCUUCGACUCAAAGAGUGGUCCACGCGCAUGUUUUUCAGUCGACUCAAAAAGUGGUCCACGCGCAUGUUUUUCAGUCGACUCAAAAAGUGGUCCACGCGCAUGUUUUUCAGUCGACUCAAAAAGUGGUCCACGCGCAUGUUUUUCGGUCGACUCAAAAAGUGGUCCACGUGCAUGUUGCAGGUGCGAGCCAUGGCAUCCCUGCACCACGCGCAUCUCGUGCGCCUGCUGGGCUUCUGCCUGGAUCAGAACGUGGACACGGGCUGGCAGGAGCAGAUCCUGGUGUACGAGUUCAUCGGCAACAGGGACCUCCAGUACCAUGUCCAUGCCUCCAAUCGCCCGCUCUCUCUGCGCCAGAGGCUACGCCUAGCGCAGGGAGCAGCGGAGGGUCUGGCGUACCUGCACGGGUUCGACACAACCAUCGUGCACCGCGACAUCAAGCCCGCCAACAUCCUUGUGACAGCCGACAUGCAAGCCAAGGUGGCUGACUUUGGGCUGCUCAAGCGCCUCACUCACGGCGAUGCUGACGCCACGCGAGUGGCCGGCACGCCGGGCUAUGUGGACCCGGACUACAACCGCACCAACGUCAUCACUGCCAAGAGCGAUGUCUUCAGGGUGGAGGCGUAUAAUCUAGAGGAGCUGAGGGACAGCAAGAUGCCAGUGGUCACUGAGGAGGCGAUAGUGGACUUUGCAGACCUGGCUCUGGACUGCAUCAAGUCUCCCGGCACACGGCGACCCACCAUGAAGGAUGUGGCAUACCGCCUCAAUGCCCUCAUUGAAAAGCACUGCCCCGACAAGGAGGAUGAGUGGGAAAAUGUUGCGAGAGAAGAGAGUGCAAGCAACGAGGGUGUGUCUUCCAGGGAUGUUUCUGUUGUGUCGUUUGGAGAUGGUGGGAUGGAGACCGAGAGCAUCUUCAUGGACGCCGUCGCCAAAUCAGUCGGCGGCUUGCUGGAGCCGAACGUCUUCACCAAGGAAGGGUCCUCGGCCUCCAGCUCACGUGGCUCCAACCGCACUGCCGAGCGGAAGAGACGGGCAGGGCUUCGCCGGCGGAGGUACCACUUGCUGCUAGAGGACCUGGAAGGCAUGGGGGAGGAUGAAUUCCGGGAUUUGUUUCGCAUAAACCGCCGUAUUCUUGACUACAUCGUUGUCGGGAUGAUGCACUACAUGAAGCCAGACCUGUCAUCCGUCUUCGGGCUGUCCAAGACCCUGUGCCACAUGCUUGUAGACGUGCUCCUCAUGCAUUUCCCGACCGCAUUCAAGCAGCAGUGGGUCCACUUCCCGACCCGUGACGACCUCGACGAGAUGGCAGAGGAGUUCCGCGCCAUCAAAGGAGUCCCUGCUGUGGUGGGGGCUAUAGACGGCACACACAUACCCAUGAAGGGGAUGGAGGGGCACAGGCAAGAGUACUACACGUGCAAGUCAUGUUACGCCGUCCAGCUGCAGCUCACAUGUGACGCGUGA